CCUUGUUACUGUCACACAAGCGAAUGGAAAAAUUAAGUUUGGACACGUAUGUUUUUAAUUCCUUCUUGGAAUUAGUCAGUAAGGGCGUAUUGUCCACAGUUAUCGAAAGGAUUCAUACAAGGCAUAGUUUUCAGCUGUACAUGGUUUAAUGAGGGUUCCUUUUCCAGUCAGUUAAUAUAUUUAUUUGCUUGUCUUUUGAGGGUUUUAAUUUCAAUUAGAUGCCAGUGGUACAAAAAGGAUUGUUCAAAUGGUGAUGUUAAAAAAGGGGGAUCACGUCUGGAUUGAUUCCAGUGUCGGGGUCCCUAUUGGAGGAUGUGUGAAGGUCACAGCCAGUGGACAGUUUUGCCUGAUUGAUGAUGAAGGGAAGGAGCACUAUAUCCAAGAGGGGGAGAAGGCUACUCUUAAGCCUAUGCACCCCACCUCAGUGGAGGGUGUGGAUGAUAUGAUCCGACUGGGGGACCUCAGUGAAGCCGGUUUACUCAGAAACCUACUGGUGCGCCACAAACAGGGCAUUAUAUAUACCUAUAUUGGCUCUGUCCUCGUGGCCAUGAAUCCCUAUCAGAUGCUGCCCAUCUACACGGCAGACCAGGUGCACCAGUAUCAUGAGCGUAAGCUGGGCGAGCUCCCUCCGCACAUCUUUGCCAUCGCUGACAGCUGUUACUUCAACAUGCGGCGCAACAAACGCAACCAGUGUUGCAUUAUAAGUGGAGAAUCUGGUGCUGGAAAGACAGAAAGUACUAAACUGAUUCUUCAGUUCCUGGCUGCUGUGAGCGGGCAGCACUCCUGGAUAGAGCAGCAGAUCAUCCAGGCCAACCCUGUCCUGGAGGCCUUUGGAAACGCCAAAACUAUUCGGAAUGAUAACUCCAGCCGCUUUGGGAAAUACGUGGAGGUCUACUUUAAUAAAGAGGGCGUUAUAGAGGGAGCUCUAAUGGAGCAGUAUCUGCUGGAGAAGUCUCGUGUCUGUCAUCAGGCACCUCAGGAAAGGAACUACCACAUUUUUUAUUGUAUGUUAUCUGGGAUGCAAAGUGAGCAUAAGAAAACUCUCUCUCUUGGUGAUGCAUCACAGUUCAAGUACCUGACUGAGGGUAAUUGUUUGACAUGUGAUGGUCGGGACGAUGCUGAUGAGUUCGGACGGAUUCGUGCUGCUCUAAAGAUCCUCACUUUCUCAGACAGGGACUGCUGGGAAAUCUUCAAAUUACUCGCUGCCAUUCUCCACAUGGGCAAUAUCGACUUUCAGAGCACUACAAUGAAUAACAUGGACAGCUGUGAUAUCCUAUCAUCCAGUCACUUUUCUGUCACUGCCAAGUUACUGGAGGUUGGUGAUGCUGCUCUUGAUAAGAGUCUUACCCAUCGCUCCUUCAUGACAAACCGAGAGAUAGUCACGAAGCCCCUCAGCUCAGAGCAGGCCACAUCCACCAGAGAUACUUUUGCCAAGGCCAUGUACGGAAGGCUGUUUGUCUGGAUGUUCACAAAAGUAAACAGCGCCAUUCACAAACCCCAGACUGAUGAGUCUUACACACGCAAGUCCAUUGGGCUGCUUGACAUUUUUGGCUUUGAGAAUUUCCCUCAUAACAGUUUUGAGCAGCUGUGCAUUAAUUAUGCCAACGAGCACCUGCAGCAGUUCUUUGUGAGGCACGUCUUUAAGCUGGAGCAGGAUGAGUACAGUAAAGAAGGAAUCUCAUGGAAGCGCAUCGCUUUCAGUGACAACCAGAAAACCCUGGACCUGCUGGCCAUUAAACCUCUCAACAUACUGGCUCUGAUUGAUGAGGAGAGCACCUUUCCUAAGGGAACAGAUGCCACAAUGUUAAACAAAAUGAACACAGAACACAAUGGAAACAAGCUGUACAUGUCAUCCAAGGGCAACCAUGGCAUGAGUUUUGGGGUUAAGCACUUUGCUGGGACGGUUUAUUAUGACUGUGAAGGUUUUUUGGAGAAGAACAGAGACGCCCUUAGCAUGGACAUCUUGGGGCUCAUUCAGAAAUCUUCCAACAAGCUGCUCAAGCUGAUCUUUGAAAAGGAGAUCAAUACAAACUCAGCCAAGAACAAUAACAAAAGCAACAAAAUCGUCAUGACGCCAAAGAGCUCCUUACGGCAAAUAAAUGAUUCCAGGCGGAAUAUAUCUACUCUGAGUGGCCAGUUCCGUCAAUCUCUGGACUCUCUGAUGAAGGCCCUGUCUCUCUGUCAGCCCUUCUUCAUACGUUGCUUCAAACCAAAUGACAAAAAGAUGCCCAUGGUACCAAUUCACAUCCUUUAAGUUAUGUAUUUUGUAUUGUGUAGCACUAGAACACUAAUCAAAUCAUGCUUUUUUUUUUUUCUCGCUUUUAAGGUUUUUGAUAGAAACCUCUGCAUGCAACAACUUCGCUACUCUGGAAUGCUGGAGACCAUUAAAAUACGCAAGCUGGGAUAUCCUAUCCGGCACACCUUCAAAGACUUCCUGCAGCGCUAUCGUGUCCUCCUUAAGAGCGUGGACUGUGAUCCCAACACCGAGCCUGCUGCCAACUGCUGUGCAGCCAUCUGCAGGGCUAUGAUCAAAGAUGAAGAGGACUGGAUUAUUGGCAAAACCAAAAUCUUUCUCAGGGAUCAUCAUGACUCUUUCCUGGAGCUGGAGAGAGAGCAGGAGCUUUAUAAGAAGGCACUUAUCAUCCAAAGAGUGAUGAUUGCCCACAAGGACAGAGCAAAUUUUAUUAAGAAAAGGAGGGCAGCUCUUGUUUUGCAGAAAAACUGGCGUGGCCACAGAGACAGAAAAGAGUUUUGCAAACUCAAGCUAGGAUUUACUCGGCUGCAGGCAAAAGUGCGCAGUCGGCAGCUCUGUACGGAGUAUAUUCGCAGGCGUGCUGCAGCCAUCACUUUGCAAACACAAACCCGUGGCUACCUCGCCAGGAAAGACCUGAAACGCAAGAAAGAUGCCGUGAUACUCCUGCAGACACAGACCAGAGGCCUGCUGGCCAGGAAAACCCUCAAGAAAAUGAAAACAGAUGCGUUUCUGACUGCACAAGAAAAAGAGGCUCAGGAACGUAUAGCUUUAGAACUUCAGCAACGCCUAGAGGAGCUGCUCAGAAAAAACGAGGAAGCUGCCAAAUCCCAGAAAAAGGAUGAUGAGGAAAUUGUGGAGAAUAUCUUUGGAUUCCUUCCAAGUGCAGUAGGAGGACAAGAGGGCCCAGCUCCUGAGGGUUUUGAGGAUUUAGAGGUGGAGCCGGUGAAGUUAGAAGAGGUUGAAUUAGUAGAGAACCCUGUAAAGGAGAGGAAGGCGAUGUCAAUACCAGACAACAGCAAAGACAAUCAAGAUGAAGAGGAUGAGAAGGAAAGGGAGAACGAUGAGUUCUCUUUCUCUAAAUUUGCAUCAUUGCACUUCCAAGGAUCUUCAACCCACUCAUAUAUCCGACAGAGAUUACGACAACCCCUGCUUCACCAUGAAGAUGAAGGGGAUACCCUGGCUUGUUUGACAGUAUGGUGGAUCAUUCUGAGAUUUAUGGGAGAUCUUCCAGAGCCAAAGCAAGAACGUGUUUCUGCUAUAGCCGACCCCAUUCAGAUGAACCUUGGUCAGAGACAAGCACGGCGUCUCAGUAGCCUUGUUGGAUUAGAUCAGAAAUUUUUGAGAAAAAAAGUGAAGCAACAGAAGGGGACGGGGAAAAGAAAACACUCAACCAUUCCUGAAGAAGAGCCAGAAGAAGAGCCAAAACCCAAAAUGCAGACUGUUCAGGAGGAAGAGGACGUACUGUUUGGAGAGAGAGCAACUUAUGAUCGUCCAAUGACACCACUGGAGAAAUUGCAUAUUAUUGUUGGAUAUGCUAUUGUACGACAAGAUAUCAGAGAUGAAAUCUACUGUCAAAUCCUUAAGCAGUUAACCGACAAUAAGAACCACAAAAGUGCAAACAGAGGCUGGACUCUUCUGUCCAUCUGUCUGGGUAUUUUCCCCCCUACAGACUGCCUCACUAAGUACCUACAGAGCUUUAUACGCUAUGGGCCAAGUGAAUACUCCUCCUACUGUGCAGAGCGACUGCAGAGGACUUUAGCCAACGGUGAAAGAAGUGAGCCACCAUGCUGGGUUGAACUACAGUCUGUAGAGAACAAGAAGCCCAUUUCAGUAGCUGUGGGUCUGAUGGAUGGCAGAAGCAUCAGCGUCUCGUUGGAUUCAGCCAGCACUUCUGCAGAGGUGUGCAGUGCGAUUAUCCAGAAAAUAAAGCUGCAGGACACUUACGGCUUCUCCCUAUACGCUGCAAUGUAUGAGAAGAUAUGGUCUCUUGGCAGUGGCAAUCAGCACGUCUUGGAUGCCGUGUCUAUGUGUGAGCAGGAAGAAAAGAGGCAGGGGAAAGAGGAACAACAUGCUCCCUGGCGCCUAUACUUCCGCAAAGAGAUCUUCACUCCAUGGCACGACUGUUCAUCUGACCAAGACAGCACAGAGCUCAUCUACAAGCAGAUCAUCCACGGACUCAAAAGUGGUGAUUAUCAGUCUGAUAAGGAGGAUGAUUAUGUGCAACUUGCUGCCAAACAUUACUAUAUACAGCAUGGCUCUGAAAGCAGUAUGGAAACCACAAAUAAAAUUGUCCGUGAGUGCAUGAACAUGACUUUAAUUGAGACCAAGUCUGUGGCAAAGCUAGUGCAGUUGGUCCAUUCUGCACACACUCAGGGUCCUUACAUAAACUCUACUAAACCUGCCUCUGAAGUAAAAAUGGAGAUUGUCCAAUAUGCACAGGAGAAGUGGCCAAUCUAUUUCGCCAAGUUAUAUGAAGCUCAAAUUAUUUCAGGUCCCUCAGUGCCUCAAGACCAGUUUGUAGUUGUUGUGAACUGGAAGGGGGUCUUCUUUCAGGAUGUAACAGAGGCCGCGUUUCUGCAUCUCUCUUAUCCUGAGGUGUCAGGAAUUGAAAUGAGUGAGGAUGAGUCCGGUGGGAUUGUGUGUUUGAUGACUCCAAAGGGGUUGUUUGAGCUGAAGGUUGUGAAGGGAAAAGACUUAGUGGAGCUGGUCAACAUGUUCAUCUCAGGGCUUAAGGAGAGAUCCCAGUACGCUGUGGCAAUACAGGACCUUAGCAGACAAGAGGAUCCCAAUUUGCUGAGCUACAGAAGGGGUGAUGUACUGUUUAUCAUUAAGGAUGGGGAGUAUUCUUCUGAAGAAGGCUGGAUGAAAGCAAGGAAUGAGAGGACAAAUCAAACUGGAGCAGUUUCCUUAGAUGCCAUUCGGAUUUUGCCGAUGUUGACCAGGCCAACAGAAGAGACACUGAAUUUGCUGAAUUUGACCCCUGCACGAAGAAAGUCAGUGAUGCCAGUGUUGCCACAGAAGGAGGAGCUUAGCACAGAGAAAGUUGCCGUUGUGUCCCUUAAGGAGUUCUCGUUUGAUUAUUUCAGGGAGUCUAAGGAAGGUGUCCGUGGCAAAGGCAAAGAGAGACUGUGGGCCAAUAGCAAAGAGCCUCUCAAACAGCCACUGCUCAGGAGCCUGCAGGGCAACUCAGAGCUCUCCCACCUCGCUUCGGACUGCUUCACAGCUAUCCUUAAAUAUAUGGGAGAUUAUCCAGUCAAGCAUGUGCGGACACCCAUAGAUCUAACAAACCAGAUCUUCGGGCCAACAACAGCACACGUGGAACUAAGAGAUGAGAUCUACUGCCAAAUAAUGAAGCAGAUGACUAAUAACAACCAUGGCUUGAGUAUGGAGCGAGGUUGGCAGCUGUUGUGGCUAUGUUGUGGUCUCUUUCCUCCAAGUCAGCUGCUACUGAGACAUGCUCAACGUUUUCUGGAGUCCAGAACCAGAGAGCCUCUGGCGUCCACCUGCCUGCAGAGGAUACAAGCUAUGCUCAGUAUUGAGGUAAGGAAGUUGCCUCCUCACCAGGUGGAAGUGGACGCCAUUCAGAAUAACAGCACUCAGAUCUUCCAUAAAGUUCAUUUUCCCAACGAUACAUCUGAAAUAUUUGAGGUGACCUCCACCACGAGGAUCAAAGACUUAUGCCACAACAUUGCUAGAGACCUCCGGCUCUCUUCAUCAGAUGGAUACUGUCUGUUUGUUAAAACAGCGACAAAGGUAGUAAGUAUGGAUUCUAAAGAGUACUUUUUUGACAACCUCAGGCAACUCACAGAUGUCGCCAAAAAAGGAAAGAAAGUUAAGGAGGCUACUCAAACUAUUGUGCCCUACCUGGUGCUCUUCAUGAGGAAGCUCUGGUUUAAUGUGAUCCCAGGAAAAGACAUAACUGCUGACCUUACCUUCCACUUUCCCCAGGAGUUGCCAAAGUAUUUGCGGGGAUACCAUGAUGUAACUAAAGAGGACAUGAUCAGCCUGGCAGGACUGCUGUUCCGUGUUCAGGUCGACACGGAUAAAUCACAGUUUGUCAUGAUCCCUAGAAUGCUGAAAGACCUGGUGCCAGCUGAUCAGCAUAAGAUCAUGACUCCUGAUGACUGGAAAAAGCACAUCAUCAACGCAUACAACAAGCAGGCAGGCAUAUCUUUAGACGAAGCCAAACUCCAGUUUCUGAAGACGAUCUCACAGUGGCCUACCUUUGGAUGUGUUUUCUUCGAGGUUAAGCAAACCUCAGAGAAGAGUUACCCUAGUGUUAUUAAUCUAUCAAUCAGCAAGCAAGGAGUUAGUAUCAUCAACCCUAAGACAAAGGAGGUGCUUGUGAUGCAUCUAUUCAGUAAGAUCACUUCCUGGUCUAGUGGAAACACCUAUUUUCACUUGACCAUCGGCAACCUGGUGCAGGGCAACACUCUGCUCUGUGAGACCUCUGUGGGUUAUAGAAUAAGUGAUCUCCUGUCCUCCUACAAGGACAUGUAUCUGAAUGAGAUACCAAGGGUGCGGAAAUCAAGGAUGAUCAACAUGUAGUAAAAUUGUUUUUCGUGGCACUUCUUUUUCAGAUCUUUACCAUAAUAAUUAUACUAUUAAUUUCAUGUUUGGAGAAUUGCAUUAAAAAAUUACAUUCAAAAAUCUGUUUUAAAAUCAUAGCUUUUUAAUAUGUAACAGUAACUAGUAUAGAUCUGUCAGGGAAAUCAUAGUUUUUUGCUUUUUGCUUCUAUGUGCAUAUAUAUUUUAAAGGAAUUUAUAGGCUUGAGUAUUUAUUUUUAUUUCAAUAGUCCACCUUUUUAUUGACUUUGCAUUGCAAUGUUACACUAGGUGGCAGUAUUUUUACAGUUUGAUUCUAAUCUAUCUCCUACUGCUUUGAUGGAACUAUCAUAUUUAACAAUAAAAAUGUAAAAAUCAA